AUGUGGUGUUUCCAGACUUCCGCCUCGGAGUCUGAGGCGACACGGCUUCGUCUGAAGCGGCUGGACUCAGGUCAGCAACAAGAGGAGUCCCAUGCCUUGCCAGGGGGCAAGGUGAGGGCCCUUAGGCAGGCCAGGGAGGGCCUCCCACCCGAGACAGAGGGGGGUACCCACAGAAACCUUCCGCUGCUGUCAGCACUGGAAGGUCACGGGCAGGUUCGUGAGGUGGAGUCGCCUCCAUCAGGACUCUCAAAAGAGAUGGCGGUUGGCCUGAGGAGCACAUUCUCAGGAGUAAAUAUGAUUACUUUGAGGAAGACUGAAAGAGGUGAACACUUUGGUCUGACAGCGAGUUCAAGUCAGCAGAGAGCCACAUCAGGCCAGCCCAGCAAGGAGGAGCAUCACGCUUUGCCAGGAAUUAAGACCACCUUCUUGCUCACACUCCUGCCUGCUGCACUCACAAAAGUCAUCAUGCCUCGUGGUCAGAAGAGACAGCACUCCAAGUCUGAGCAUCACCUCCGUUCCCAAAAUAAGAAACAGGGCCUGGUGGGUACAAAUGUUCCCGCAGUUGGAGGGAGGAAGGCCACCUCCUCCUCCUCCUCCUGUCUGAUUCCAGGCACCUCUAAGGUGCCUCAUUCUAGAGCCUGCUCCUCUGCAGCCACUUCAUUGAGCAAACGAGGUAAGUGCUCCAAACGAGGUAAGGGCUCCAGACGAGAAGAUGAGGAGGUUCCAAGCACCUCAUAUAUCUCACCAGAAACCGAGGCCUUGCUCAGUGAUGCACUAGAUAAGAAGGUGGUUGAUUUGGUGCAGUUCCUGUGUGUCAAGUAUCUAACAAAGAAGCCCAUCACAAAGGCAGAAAUGCUGAAGAUGGCCAUCAAAGAGUACAAGGACCACUUCCCUGUUAUCUUCAAGAAAGCCUGCGACAGCAUGGAAGUGGUCUUUGGCAUCGACGUGAAGGAAGUGGACCCCACUGGCCACACCUAUGUCCUCACCAAAACGCUAGACCUCACCUAUGAUGGGAUACUAAGUGAUGGCCAGGGCGUGCCCAAGACCGGCCUCCUGAUACUUAUACUGGGCGUGAUCUUUAUAGAAGGCAACCGUGCCCCUGAGGAGAAGAUAUGGGAAGUGCUGAAUAUGAUUGGGGUAUAUUCUGGAAGCAAAGAUUUUCUCUAUGGGGAGCCCAGGAAGCUCAUCACCAAAGAUUUGGUGGAGGAAAGGUACCUGGAGUACCAGCAGGUGCCCAACAGUAAUCCUGCCCGCUUUGAAUUCCUGUGGGGUCCAAGAGCCUAUGCAGAAACCAGCAAGAUGAAAGUUCUGAAGUUUUUUGCCAAGGUCAACGGGACUGAUGCCAGUGCUUUUCCAACCUGGUAUGAGGAGGCUUUGAGAGAUGAGGAAGAGAGAGCCGGAGCCAGAAUUGCUGCCACAAAUAAUACCAAUGCCACGGCCAGUUAA